CUGGGGUUAUGGUUUUGGAGACCAGUGACACGGAUAAAUGUUUAUGAAGGGACCCAGAAAGGAUUUUAAGGAGACUCAGGACUCGGAGAUCUAAAUCCCCCAAGAAGCUCUGCCGCGCUGUAAAACCCGGAACUUGACAGAUGAUGCACGAGCGCUUAUCUAGGUUCUUUCAUCAUCCUGGAAAUUUUUUCACGAGGGUGCCCAGACCCAAGAUGGCGACCAAAGCAGCCCUCGUCAAAGAUGGCGGCCAUAUCAAACAUCCUUCCCGGACUUAAGAUGGUCUCCAUCAAGCUUUCGACCCAUUGUGGACGGCCGGGGUUGUCAGCUGUCCGGAACCAAAAUGACACCAUGAUCCAGUCGCCUCCCCUCGAUGCUAGAUGGCAGCAAGCCCAUCCCCAAUCGAGCUGCGUGUAGCCAGUUCAACUUUGCUUCUGCGCCUCUCAUAUAAAGGGGGACGCUUCUCCGUUGCGCCCCUCACCAAUAUGGCGGUAACCGGAAGUGGGCGGUGCCACUCGCCGCUCCUGCCGAAAUAGGCGGAUUCGAGAGAGACACUUCCGCCCCGCACCGACAUGGCGAUGGCUAAUCAGUGCGCAUGAGCGGCUGCCCAUGGAGAGACCUGGGGCCGAAGGGGGAGAACGCGGUCGAGGGAAGUCGGCGGCUACUGGGGUGCCCUGUGCUGGACUUACAAGGAAGCAUUGUGAGGCAGGAGGUGCAAAGACUUUAAGCCAAAGAACAGCCCUUCGGAUGUGCCCCCUUGCAGAGAGAUGAAGGGGCAGCAAAAGGCAGCUGAGACAGAGGAGGGGACUGUGCAGAUCCAGGAGGGUGCAGUGGCAACUGGUGAAGAUCCAACCAGUGUGGCCAUCGCCAGCAUCCAGUCAGCUGCCACGUUCCCUGACCCCAACGUCAAGUACGUCUUCCGCACUGAGAAUGGGGGCCAGGUGAUGUACAGAGUGAUCCAGGUGGCUGAGGGGCAGCUGGAUGGCCAGACUGAAGGCACUGGUGCCAUCAGCGGCUACCCUGCAGCCCAGUCUAUGACCCAGGCAGUCAUUCAGGGGGCAUUCACCAGUGAAGAUGCAGUGGAGACAGAAGGGGCUGCCACAGAGACACACUAUACCUACUUCCCCAGUACAGCAGUUGGGGAAGGAGCUGGGGGAGCCGGUGCUGGGAGCACCGCUACUGUUGUUACUACUCAAGGCUCUGAGGCACUGCUAGGACAAGCUACUCCUCCUGGAACUGGUCAGUUCUUUGUGAUGAUGUCACCCCAAGAGGUGCUACAGGGGGGAACCCAGCGCUCAAUUGCUCCCAGGACACAUCCCUACUCCCCAAAAUCUGAAGCUCCUCGGACAACCCGAGAUGAGAAGCGAAGAGCUCAGCACAAUGAAGUGGAGCGCCGCCGCAGAGAUAAAAUCAAUAACUGGAUCGUACAGCUGUCUAAGAUCAUCCCGGACUGUUCCAUGGAGAACACCAAGUCUGGACAGAGUAAAGGUGGCAUCCUGUCCAAAGCCUGUGAUUACAUCCAGGAACUACGACAGAGCAACCAUCGAUUGUCAGAGGAAUUGCAGGGGCUGGAUCAGCUGCAGCUGGACAAUGAAGUCCUUCGACAACAGGUAGAGGAUCUGAAGAAUAAAAAUCUCUUGCUACGAGCUCAGUUGCGACACCACGGAGUAGAGGUUGUCAUCAAGAACGAUGCCAAUUAAACCCUGGGGAAUUUUCCUGUGGGCUUGGGUGAUGAAGCCCCUUCCCUAGGACUGCCGGCAGCCCAGGAGCACCAGAAUUCACCUGUACCUACUCACCCCACUACCCUCACGAGGAGUGGAGCUGUGAGAGUUACUGAAGUACCUGAAGGAACUGUGGCCCAAUGAUGCUCUCUGGCCUUCAGCUUCGAGUGUGGCACAAAAGGAUGGGCACAAACCUGCCUACAGCCUUCCUUUUCCUUCCCCUCUCCCUCUCCUGGGCCCUUGUGCUUGUCUUGCACAUGCAUGUGCUGUUUCUACUCUGGAUAUCACACUCAUGGCCUAUAUGUGACUAAUCUGAGCAUGUAGCUAGAGAGAUGGACAGCUGGUACCUCUCUGUGUUGCAUUUGAGAACUGGAGCCUCUCUUCUCUGACCUGUAGGAGAGGCACAUUUGGAAGCUCUGUGGUUCCUGAGAUUGAGUCCCCUAAGGGGACAGGCUUUAGCAAGGGUGGGGGAACUGAGGUACUGAAUGUUAGAGCUGGAAAAGGAAUUAGGGCAGGGAUUUAGGGCCCAGAAAUCUCUGGGAUGAGGGCAAGAACAGGCAGAGGUGCUGUUCUUUUGCUCUUCUCACCCCCUCCCCCUUUAUUUCCUUUUUUUUUUUUUAGAGAAAGAUAAAAUUGUUCAGAGCCACA